AUGUUUUCUACUUGUAUUACAGUAGCGGGAUCAGACUGUAGCGGCGGCGCUGGUAUUCAAGCAGACUUGAAGGUGUUUACUGCUCAUUCUGUCUAUGGUAUGAGCGCUAUUACCGCCAUAACCUCGCAGAACACCAUUGGCGUUAAUGGUGUACAUUUAAUUCCAGCUCCUUUUGUUGAAAAGCAGAUCGAUGCUUGCAUGUUGGACGUCAAGUGUGACGUUAUGAAAACUGGAAUGUUAUUUAAUCCGGCAAUCUUAAAAGUUGCUAUUGACAUGAUUGAUCGCUACAAGCUUAAGACUGUUGUUGUGGAUCCAUUGAUCGCUACACGAAAGGGUGUCUUGCUCGUGUUGCCAAGUUACUUAGAUCUAUUUAUUAAGGAGCUGAUCCCAAGAGCUGCUAUCUUAACUCCAAACAUCGCAGAGGCUACUAUUUUACUAAAACACAUGACUCAAGAAACUAUAGAAAUUCAUCAUGUCGACGAUGUAAAGAUAUUGGGAGCCAGAUUAGUUGCUUCUGGUUGCAAAAAUGUUAUUAUUCGCUGUGAUGGGAUUCCUUUUGAUACUGACUUUUCUGUUUGUAAAGAUUCUUCAAUGCCGUCCUCAUGGUAUGUGUACGUUUUAUGUACCAGUGAGGGACAGUUGACUGUACCUCAAAAAUGGCUAUCCACAAAAACCGCUAAAGGGACAAGCUGUGCUUUAUCUUCUGCUAUUGCUGCUAACCUUGCUAACCAUGUGGAUUUACCAAAUGCCGUUAAGCGUUCCGUUGCUUAUACUCAGCAUGCUCUCGAGUCUAGCUUUCAUCUGGGACGUGGAGCAAAUUCUUUAGACUAUUCCUCCAGCUUUAGCUAUCUACCCUUUGAGCAGGGAGAGAUUGUAAGCUUGUCCGUAAGCGAACUUCAAAAAUACUUAGUCCUGAAAUAUCACAUGUUAGUGAAUAAUGCUCAAGCUGCAGGUAUGACAGCAUUUUCUUCUUCUAAUAUAGCUGCUAUAGAGCGCAGUGCCAAGAUCAUUCAGGUUAUCAAAGAAGAAAAUGAAAUUCAUCUAGAAAUCUGCAAGCAAUAUGGGUUAUCACCCGAGCAGUUUGUGGAUCGGAAACCUGCCUUUGUUAAUUCACACGCUGGAUUUAUUAAUGAUGUUGGACAACGUGAAGGUGUUCUUGGUAUCCAAGUAGCUAUGCUUCCUUUCCCUAUAAUUAUUCAAGAUGUAUUCACAACAAUGGACAUUUCGCAGCCAGGUCCUUUCAACCCGUUUAUUGCUCAUUGCAAAGAUUCAGUAACUAAUCAGCACCUAAAUAGUCUCCUGGAUAAUUUGGAAUCCGAAGCUUCUACAUUGAUACCUGAAAAGGUUCAAAUGCUAAUUAGAAUCUUGGAACAAAGUCUUUCGUUAGAGAAGAUUGCUCUUGAUAUUACCUUGGAUAAUGAAACUACCGUAUUUUAA